CCUCUCACAAGUUUUGGAACUACAGUAGUUUGUUGAGACCUCAAGUUCUGCAGAAGUACAAAACCGUAUGGGUGGUAAAGAGGCAUCUUAAAAGUUGCAUUGUCUGGAUUGCAGUUCAGUGAUCAGCAUUCUUUUAAUAAAUAAUCAGCACCCCUGCAGAAGGAAACACGAAAUGUUAAAACCGCUGGCAUUCUUGAUAUUUUCAGCUACGGUAUGGUUACUUGCAGUUACUCAAAAACCAGAGUAUAGUUAUGGAUGUGCCGAAGGAAGUUGCUAUCCUGCAACUGGUGACCUUCUGAUUGGACGAGCUCAUCAGCUUUCAGCAUCUUCUACCUGUGGCCUCAGCAAACCAGAACCUUUUUGUAUUGUUAGCCAUCUUCAGGAUGAGAAGAAAUGCUUUAUUUGUGAUUCUCACCAUCCAUAUAAUGAAUCCAGUAGUCCGAACAGCCAUCGUAUUGAAAAUGUAGUAACAACGUUUACUCCAGAUCGACUUGUAACUUGGUGGCAAUCUGAAAAUGGUCUAGAAAAUGUUACCAUACAGCUGGACCUGGAGGCAGAAUUCCAUUUCACUCAUCUCAUUAUGACAUUCAAGACAUUUCGUCCUGCUGCUAUGGUGAUUGAAAGAUCUGCAGACUUUGGAAGAACAUGGCAGGUGUACAGGCAUUUUGCAUAUGACUGUGAGUCAGCAUUUCCUGGAACUCCAUCUGGACCGCUGAAGAAGGUUGAUGACAUCAUUUGUGAUGCUCGUUAUUCAGACAUUGAACCUUCAACUGAAGGAGAGGUUAUCUUUCGUGCUUUAGAUCCUGCUUUCAGAAUUGAAGAUCCUUACAGUCCAAGAAUUCAAAAUCUUUUAAAAAUCACCAACUUGAGGGUUAGGUUCACUAAGCUUCAUACCCUUGGAGAUAACCUGCUAGACAGUCGAGUGGAAAUCAAGGAGAAGUAUUACUAUGCCAUUUAUGACAUGGUAGUUCGUGGCAACUGCUUCUGUUAUGGACAUGCUAGUGAGUGUGCUCCUUUGAACGGACAUGGUGAUGAUGUAGAAGGAAUGGUACAUGGACACUGUAUGUGUAAUCAUAACACCAAAGGCUUAAACUGUGAGCAGUGUAUGGACUUCUACCAUGAUUUACCAUGGAGGCCUGCUGAAGGGCGCAACAGCAAUGCAUGCAAAAAAUGCAACUGCAAUGGACAUGCAACAGCGUGCCAUUUUGAUAUGGCUGUUUUCAUAGCAACUGGAAAUUCAAGUGGUGGAGUUUGUGAUGGCUGUAGUCACAACACAAUGGGACAUCAUUGUGAGCAAUGUAAACCCUUCUUUUAUCAGCAUCCAGAACGAGAUAUCCGUGACCCUAAUAUCUGUGAAUCAUGUAACUGUGACCCAGCUGGAUCUCAGAAUGCAGGAAUCUGUGAUCGUUAUACAGAUGCAUCAGUUGGCUUAAUUGCUGGACAGUGCCGCUGUAAACAAAAUGUGGAGGGUGAAAGAUGUGAUCAGUGCAGAGAAGGAUUCUUUGGACUUAGUGCAGAUGAUCUCGAAGGAUGUCAGCCCUGUGCCUGCAAUCCUCUGGGAACUCUUCCAGGAGGAAGACAGUGUGAACCUGAAUCAGGAAUUUGCUACUGCAAGCGGUUGGUGACCGGAAGGAAAUGUGAUCAGUGCCUUCCUCAACACUGGGGAUUGAGUAAUGAUUUGGACGGAUGCCGGCCUUGUGACUGUGACCGUGGUGGAGCCUUGAAUGACAACUGUUCUGCGGAAACUGGGCAGUGCCAGUGCAGAGAUCAUAUGGUUGGGCGUCAAUGUAACCAUGUUGCAUCUGGUUUCUAUUUUGUUUCCCUUGACCAUUACACCUAUGAAGCUGAAGAAGCCAAGUUUGGUCCUGAGGUAACCAUAGUUCCUCGACAAUACACUCAAGAUCGAAUGCCAACCUGGACAGGAAUUGGAUUUGCAAGAGUUCCUGAGGGAGCAUAUCUGGAAUUUUAUAUCAACAACAUACCAUACUCUAUGGAAUAUGAAAUAUUAAUCCGAUAUGAACCUCAGCUACCAGACCAGUGGGAGGAGGUUGUUGUGACCAUAGUGCGGCCUGAUGAGAUUUCUGCCAGCAGUCAGUGCGCAAAUACUGUCCCAGAUGAUGAUAAUCAGAUGGUGUCUCUAUCUCCUGGCUCUAGAUAUGUUGUUCUCCCACGUCCUGUCUGCUUUGAAAAAGGUCUGAAUUAUACUGUUCGCUUGGAACUUCCCCUGUAUUCACCUGAGAGUGAUGUUGAGAACCCAUAUACAUUGAUUGACUCUAUUGUUCUUAUGCCAUAUUGUAAAUCUCUUGAAAUAUUCACUACUGGUAGUUCUGAAGAUAUCACGACAAACACUGCCUGGGAGACUUUCCAGCGGUACCGAUGUCUGGAGAACAGCCGAAGUGUUAUGAAAUCUCCAGUGACAGAUAUCUGCAGAAAUAUGAUCUUCAGCAUUUCCGCUCAAUUACAUGAGGGAGCUUUGCCUUGCCAGUGUGACCCCCAGGGCUCAGUAAGUUUAGUCUGCGACUCCAAUGGAGGACAGUGUCAGUGUCGCCCGAAUGUAGUUGGCAGAAACUGUGACAGAUGCGCUGCUGCCACAUACGGAUUUGGGCCAAAUGGUUGCAAGCCUUGUGAAUGUAACAGGCAAGGCUCGGUUGAUUCUUUCUGCCACCCUGCUACUGGUCAGUGCCGCUGUGUUCAUGGUGCAUAUGGUCGUCAGUGUGAUCAAUGCCUUCCAGGUCACUGGGCUUUCCCUAACUGCCGCUUGUGCCAGUGCAAUGGCCAUACGGAUGUCUGCCAUCCACACACUGGAGAAUGUAUUAGUUGCAGAGAACAUACUACUGGACGGCAUUGUGAAAGGUGCCUGCCCGGAUACUACGGAGACCCUGUUCUAGGCUCAGGAGAUCACUGCCGUCCUUGUCCUUGUCCUGAUGGCCCAGACAGUGCACGUCAGUUUGCCAGUGGCUGUUUUCAAGAUCUCAAUUCUCUGCAAGUUAUUUGUUCCUGCAACCCUGGCUAUACAGGUCCAAGGUGUGAUGAAUGUGCUUCUGGAUAUUUUGGGAACCCUGACGUGGUUGGUGGUUUCUGUCAGCCAUGCCAGUGUAACAACAACAUUGACAUGCUCGACCCAGAGUCCUGUGACAAGAGAUCUGGUGCCUGUUUGAAGUGUUUGUACAAUUCUGAAGGUGAAUUCUGCCAGCAGUGUAAACUUGGCUACUACGGGGAUGCAAAGCAACAGGACUGCAGACAGUGUGUUUGCAAUUAUCUGGGUACAGUUCAUCAGGACUGCACUAGUCCAGAGGAGUGCCACUGUGAUAGGUCAACAGGUCAGUGCCCUUGCCUUCCAAAUGUGAUUGGGCAGAACUGUGAUCGCUGUGCACCAAAUACAUGGAAACUAGCCAGUGGAACAGGAUGCGAACCUUGUGCCUGCAAUAUUGACCACUCAUUUGGGGAAUCUUGUAAUGAGUUCACAGGACAGUGCCAGUGUAUGCCUGGGUUUGGAGGUCGGAACUGUAGUGAGUGCCAAGAACUGUUUUGGGGUGACCCAGAAGUUGAAUGUCAAGCUUGUGACUGUAAUGAACAGGGAAUUGACACACCUCAAUGUGAUCAGUCAAGUGGACAUUGUGUUUGCCGCGAGGGUGUUGAAGGUUAUCGCUGUGACAAGUGUGCUCGUGGUUUCUCUGGUGUUUUCCCUGACUGUACACCAUGUCACGAGUGCUUUGCUGUUUGGGAUGUCAUCCUCAAGGAACUGACCAGCAAGACACAUCAGUUGUUGGAGAGGGCAAAUGCGGUGAAGGCUAGUGGUGUUACAGGACCAUACCAGGAUACAAUCGAUGCUGUGGAGAGAAAGGUUGGUGAAAUCAGAAGUAUCCUUGACCAGAAUCCUGCCACUGAACCUCUCAACAAUAUAGAGGGUCUUCUGGAGGAAGCUGAGAAACUGAUUACUCAUGUCAGCAGCAAGCUAAAUGAAGUUGAAUCAGAGCUGUCUGUCACAUCAGAUCGCAGGAACGACACUGAGAUGCAGCUGGAAUCUGUUCGGGCAGAUGUUGAAAGCUUCAGUGCUUUGGUGGAAGAGAUGGCAGAACACCUUGAAUUUAUCAAGAACUCUGACAUUCAUGGAGCUGUGGACAGUAUCAAAAAGUACUUUCAGCAGUCAAAUGCUGCCGAGGAAAAGGUAAACGCUUCAGUCUCUGUCCCAGAAAGUACAGUUAAGCAAUCUACUGCCAUCCGACAUGAAGUAGAACGUAUGAUCAAUGAAACACAGAGCAGAUUUGAAGAGGAUCAGAAGGAAAAUGCUCAAAAGCUGGAGGAACUUGCUAGUGAUCUACAGAGACAAGACUUGUCCGAGCUCAGUGAAAAGAUGUGUGGAAGCCCUUCUGGAGUGUCCUGUGCUGAAGGAGAGUGUGGAGGCCUGAACUGUCAAGCUGAGGAUGGCAGCAUACAGUGUGGAGGGCCUGGCUGUAAUGGUCUGGUUACAGUAGCUCUCAAUGCUUGGAAGAAUGCUAUGGACUUCGACAGAGAGAUUCUGGUUGCUAUGGCUGAAGUUGAGAAUCUUUCUAAAAUGGUGUUGGAGGCCAAAAUAAAAGCAGAUGAAGCAAAAACAAAUGCACAUGCUGUUCUGUUGAAAACCAAUGCCACAAAAGAGAAACUAGAUAAAAGCAAUGAAGAUUUGCGAAACCUCAUCAAGCAAAUUAGAGAAUUUCUAAUGCAAGAUAGUGCUGACUUGGAUAGCAUUGAGACUGUUGCAAAUGAGGUACUGGCUAUGGAGAUGCCAGCUACACCAGAGCAGCUGCAUACCCUGACAGAAGACAUCCGUCAGCGUGUGAGUAGCCUUUCUGAAGUGGAUGUUAUCCUAGACCAGAGUUCUGCAGAUAUCCAGAGAGCUGAAUCCCUGUUAUAUGAGGCCCAAAAAGCAAGUGAAUCUGCAAAUGCAGUUAAGGAAACUGCUGAACUGGUCAAAGAAGCCCUAGCAGAAGCAGAGAAAGCCCACAGUGCAGUCGAGUCCGCAGUCAAGAAGGCUAAUGAUGACAUCAAGGGAGCCCGUGAUUUGCUGACCUCAAUUGAAUCUAAAACCACAACUGCUGAACAGAACCUCAACAAUACCAUGUACAGAGUUGCACAGCUUGAACAAGAUGUCUCUCAGCUGAAACAGAAGAUGGCUAAUAAUACAGAUUCCAUUGCAGAGGUAGAAAAAACUGUUGAUAAAGCAAACCAAGAUGCAGAAGAAGUUUCAAGGGUUCUUGACAGUGAACUUAAUGACAAGUAUAAAACAGCAGAGAGUCUGAUCACGCUGAAGGCUGAAGCUGCUGUGGAAGCAAGGAAGAAAGCAGAGUUGCUACAGAAUGAAGCUAAAGUAUUGCUGGAUCAUGCAAACAACAAGUUGCAGCUUCUCAAUGAUCUUGAAUCAAAGUAUGAUGACAAUCAAAAAACAUUGGAAGAAAAAGCAAAGGAGCUGGUGGGCCUAGAAGAAACAGUACGAUCGCUAUUACAGGCCAUAAGCCAGAAAGUUGCAGUAUACAGUACUUGCUUGUAAUUAAAUUUCACGUUAGUCUUAGACAAAAUGAAGUGGACCAAAGUGUUGGAACAUGUAGCCAUUUCCUAAACUGGGACAUUACUGUGCAAUAGUUUGUAACAUAAUGCCUAAUGCUGUUGCUUAGGAUAUGCUGUUACAGUAUUAUGCAACAUAUUCUUUUCUUUCUCACCAAGUGGCCUUCAGAUUAUUAAUUUUUUAUAUGAUAGGUGUUUUUAACCUAGUGUGUAAGAAAAUAGUGGACCUGUUCUUAUUCACAGUAAGCAAAAAUAUAAAACCAACACAGGUUGAAUUAUCAGCUUGUAUCAAGCAGGUAGAAUGCAGUGGUUUGCAUUCUACCAUAUUUUUAUUGUAUUGGAAAGUGCCUUUGGCAUGCGUACAGGGGUUAAUUAUAAGCAUGUCUUUCCCCCACUUUUUGUCCAUAUUUUUUCACAUUCAUUAAGUGUAGUUGUGAUUUUUUUUUGUGUGUGUGUGUGUGUGUGGUGUAGCCCUCCAGGGCAGUACCUUCUUGUGGCAUAUAUGGUUCAGAUAAUGUGUUUUAUCAACUCUGAGCCAUUUCCAAAGUCUGACUGUAUCGUUCUGUCAUUUUUUUUACAUAUCUCUAACAUUUCUUUGCUAUACAAACAGUUCCCUUAAUUCUGCGAACCAUCACCAGAAGGCAUAUUUUUAAAAUAACUAAGAAGCCAAGAACAUUUGAUUGUAAUGUCACAUUGUUUGGAAGGAGUUACAUUGUACCAUUUUUAUACUAUAAUGUAUUCACAUGGUUGAUCAUUUUGUAUUGAAUGUCAACAUUUUAUACAUUUCCAAAAAUAAAUAUUUCACUGAAGUUA